AUGGCCGGUGACAAUGGUUCCCAAGGCUCUAAAGUCGUGGGUAUCUCUGUGGCGUUUGCCGUCUUGACAUUCAUUGUCUUAGCGCUUCGCCUAUUUUCACGCAUUUAUGUCUUGCAUAAGAUGGGUCUCGAUGAUUAUCUUAUAAUUGGCGCUUGUCUCCUGUCAUGGGCAUUUAUUGCUGUCACAAUCAUUGCCGUCCAAAAUGGACUCGGAAAACACUACGUGGAUGUCGACCCAACCAAGAUGGUCGACUAUGCAUUUGCUGUCUGGUUGAGCUCAAUGUUCUAUCUUGCAACUCUUGGAUUCGUCAAAACAUCCGUUCUGUGGUUCUAUACUCGACUUGGAGAUCGCCACCUCACUCGCCUUUCCUGGAUCAUGAUGGGAGUCAUCACAACGCAAGCACUUUCCUUCGUUCUUGUUGCUGCAUUCCAAUGUCAGACGAUUAGCAAAGCCUGGACUAGUACAGGACCUGGAAAAUGCAUCAACAUCAACGUCUUUUACCUCUGCAACGCCGCUCUGAACAUCUUCACAGAUAUCUUGACAUAUACCCUGCCCAUCAAGGUCAUCUUCAACCUCCAAAUGCCCCAGAAGCAAAAGAUUGUUUUGGCAAUCAUCCUUUGUCUUGGACUCUUCGCUUGCAUCUCUUCUAUCAUCCGAAUCACCUACAUCCCUCCUAUGCUCAGCGGAAACGAUCCAACCUACGCUAUCAGUGGUGCUAUGUACUGGUCGGUAAUCGAAACCAAUGUUGGCAUCUUCGCCGCCUCGAUCCCGUCAUUUAAAGCGAUUUUCUCCCGCUUCCUUCCUCGCUUCAUCGGCGAAUACAGCAGUGGAAAGAAGUAUGGACCCUGGUCGGGCAACACUACCGCUUUACGGUAUGGAUCUGGCUUUGCCAAAGUUUCAGACCCCACCAGCAACACCUUGGGGACGGUUAACGGCAAGGAUGAUAUGCCGAUGGGUACCAACAUUGGCGCAGCCAGCAACUCAAGUGAGGAGAGAAUCAUCCCUCAUGGGAAGAUCUUCACACAAACGGAAAUUGAAACCACAGUGGAAACAAAUAAUAACUAUGGAGGCUACACUUCAUCAUCGUUCGAGCGGGCUCGUCGAUGA